AUGCUUGAUAGUAAUCAUGAAAAUCAAACUAUACACGUAUUACAAUUAAAAUUACAAUUGAAGCUUUCACAAGAAAAAACAAAGCAAGAAGAAGCAGCAACGAAACGAAAAUUAAUAGAAGAAAAAGAAGCAACGAAACGAAAAUUAAUAGAAGAAAAAGAAGCAACGAAACGAAAAUUAAUAGAAGAAAAAGAAGCAACGAAACGAAAACGAAUACAUGAACAAGAAAAGACCAAGAGAAAAAAAUUAGAAAUUAUAAAAAUCCAUGAAGAUGAAUUAAGAAAACCAAUGGAAAGAUCAUUUGAAAAAGAGCCAUCAUCAUCCAUUAAUACUUUUGCAUUAUAUUCAUCAUAUCUCGAUUUUUAUAAAAACAAUGUUAAUAAUAUUAAUCUGUUCGACAUCAAUUUCAUGUUACAGGAAAACAAUCAUUUUAAUGAAUCUAUAGAAAAUUGUAUUAAAGAUUACAUGGGAAAUAGAGUCCAUGGGGUAUUCCAUUUUAAACUGAAUUCAAAAAAGAAAAAAAAUACCACCACUUUCCGCAACACAGGGGGUUUAGGGGAUCCUAGAGCAGUUGUCAACAAUUCCAGCACACGACAAGGAAUGCAAUAUCUUCACCACAGUUUCACAAUAAUCUCUUCAGCUUCCAUACUUCUCAUGGAAAACCAACAGCUAAAACAGCCAGCCGAAUUCCUGACACUCCGAGAACAAGAAGUAUUCAGUUCAAUUCUAAAUUCAUAUAUGUAUAAGUCCCCCUAUGGGUAA